CACGCACAGUGACGCGGUGACGCCCCACACCCUGCGGAUGCGGAGUCGUCUCGGCGUCCCCCUCGUAUAAAACAACCCAUUGGCAAGCUGGAUUCGCCAUUAGCUAUAGCUUCACCAUCGCUCCAACUCCUUCCUUUACAAACACAGGCGGCCAGAGCACAGAGCACACAACAACACCAAAUCAGAGACGACAGACCAGCUGCAAUGAUCAGGAGGCGGCAGCGAGGCUUCCGGCUGGGCCGGAAGCUGCUGGGCCUCUGGCGCUGGGCGCUCUGCCCGCGCCGGAGACGCCGCGGCGGCGGCUACCUCCGCCUCAAUCACUACCCGGCAGCCAAGUCAUCCCCCGCAGCCGUCCUCGGGAGUCAUAGCGCCAAGCAGCAGCAGCAGCAGCUGGUCGUGCUGCCGCGGGGCGACGACGACGACGAGCAGUCCCGGCGGCGGAUGCUGACGACGUGGGGCCGGUCGCUGGCGCGGCGCACGCUGAGGCUCCUGCCGCGGCGGCAGCGUGGCGGGGAGCGGUUGCUGGAGGAAGCAGGGGAGGCGACGACGCCCAAGGGGCAGGUGGCCGUGUACGUCCAGGGCGGCGGCGAUGGCGAUCAGCCCGGGGGCGAGUCGAUGCGGUACGUGGUGCCCGUGGUGUACUUCAACCACCCGCUGUUCGGGGAGCUGCUGCGCGAGGCGGAGGAGGAGUUCGGCUUCGAGCACCCCGGCGGGAUCACCAUCCCCUGCGCCGCAACCAGGUUCGAGCGCGCCGCCGCCAUGGCCGCCGCGGGCGGCAGGAAGCUGCCGGGAAGCUGGUGGUAGCAGCACGUGUCGAUCUCCUGUACAGCGCAUACAUAGUUACAUGUGUGGCUCCGUCCAUGGAUCGAAUAGUAGCAAGCUUGGAUUGGAUCGUGUCAUGUGUGAAUUUUUUUUUCCCGGUUGACUUUUUCUUCUUCUUUCUGGUUGCCUCCCUUUGUUUGUGGAUCGGCAUGCGAUGCGAUCAUGCAAGGAAGCCAGUUAGAUUUUAGAGAUGGAGGAGGGGGCGACUAGCUAUCUUCGCCUCGCCGUGUUCCCGCAACUUGCUAGCUAGCUAGCGUUAAUUUGAUGCAUCCAUGGGGUCAUGGUUUCUUAAUUAACUUCCUAACAAGUGAACUGAUGACAUGUUACUUGCUUAAGAGUAAA